AUGUCUAAGAUUACUUCUUCUCAAGUUAGAGAACACGUCAAGGAAUUAUUAAAGUAUUCCAACGAAACUAAGAAGAGAAACUUCUUAGAAACCGUUGAAUUACAAGUCGGUUUAAAGAACUAUGACCCACAAAGAGACAAGCGUUUCUCUGGUAACUUAAGAUUACCGGUCUGUCCAAGACCAAACAUGUCCAUCUGUAUCUUUGGUGAUGCUUUCGAUGUUGACAGAGCUAAGUCCGUUGGUGUCGAUGCCAUGUCUGUUGAUGACUUAAAGAAAUUAAACAAGAACAAGAAGUUGAUUAAGAAGUUAUCCAAGAAGUACAACGCUUUCGUUGCUUCUGAAGUCUUAAUCAAGCAAGUUCCAAGAUUAUUAGGUCCUCAAUUAUCCAAGGCUGGUAAGUUCCCAACCCCAGUUUCCCACAAUGAUGACUUAUACGGUAAGGUUACUGAUGUCAGAUCCACCAUCAAGUUCCAAUUGAAGAAGGUUUUAUGUUUAGCCGUCGCUGUUGGUAACGUCGAAAUGGACGAAGACACUUUAGUCAACCAAAUCUUAAUGUCCGUUAACUUCUUAGUCUCCUUAUUAAAGAAGAACUGGCAAAACGUUGGUUCCUUAGUUAUCAAAUCUACUAUGGGUCCAGCUUACAGAUUAUACUAA